AUGCACAAUACGCUUGAAUUACAUGGUAAAGAGGGCGGCCAGAUUUGGCAUCGAAAAGGAGCUGGCAAACAUGGUUUACUAGUGACUGUUCUACAUUCGAUAUAUAAUGUUGCCGAUGUUCCAUUGAAAACAGUCCAUUUUCUUCAAGCAGGUUUUGAUCGUUUUGGCGAACGAUUGUUAGGAGUUGAUCAACGUGGAAAUGUCUAUGUUUUCGAUCUGAUCCGAAAUAAAUUCGAACUUGUUCAUCGAACAGGUACAAGCUGUACAGCAGUUGCAUUUAAUCUACGAAAUCCAUCAGAAUUUUUGCUCGCUAUGCCCGAUUUUACCGUGAAAUGCUUCGAUGCUGAUAAGAAAGAAUUUGUUGCAUGGUUAAAAGGCCAUACAACGCCAGUGAAGGAAAUUUCAGUUGAUAGCAAUGGCGAUUUUUGUAUAACAACGUCUGCUGAGAUUGCAUUCUUAUGGGAAUUGAAAACAUUCGAACGUAAACGUAAAUUAACAAUUACAAAUAAAAAUGAUGUUUGUCUAUACCGUGCUUUCUUUUGUCCGGUAUCAAACUAUAUUUUAACAUGUUUUCGUGAUGACUCAAUCCUUGUUUGGGAUGCAAAAAAUCUCGAAUUCAAAUAUCAAUUAGUUGUGCCUGAGAAGAAUCCACCAUUUUAUCGAGCAUUUGCGGUUACAAAUGAUGGUGGAAUACUGGUGUGUGGUGGAAAGUCGACUUAUCUACAGAUAUGGAAUUUAGAAACACAUAAACUAGUUAAAAUAAUUGAACUACCAAAAGCUAUUAAAGAAAUCAAAGAAAUGUCUUUCGUUAGUGAAAGUUUCGAUGGUGGUUCGCAUAAAGUUAUUGCAAUGCUUUGUCAAGAUGGUAUUGUUCGUUUCGCUGACAUCGAGACAUGCCGUGAUCUAUUUCAAAUUGGACAAGAAACUGAUCCCAUUCACCAUUUUCUUCUUGCGUCGAGUGGAAAAUUUUGUGCAUGUACACUUCAAUCAGGUCAAUUACAAAUCUAUGAUUUAGCAUCAACAUGGAAAGAAUUAAAUCGUGCACCGUCGCCUAUCGUUCGAGCAUUACGUUCCAAUGACGAUUUUAACAAUGACACAAAUAGUCAAAUCACAUGUUCGAAGGGAUCAACGACUGCACGAAGUUUUCGUUCGGGAAUAACGUCAAGUGCGAGUACAGUCACAGGAAAGAAAUUAGCGCUUAAAAAGCGUCGUCAUUCAGCAUCAGAUCGGUUACAAUUGAGACAACAUUAUGCAACGAGAAUAUCAGAUAAAACAAGCGUGUCGUCAACAACACUUGAUCAAUCGGCAUUUCGAGACCUACCGGAAGGAUUGAAUUUCAAAAAACUCUAUAAAUUAUUGAGAUUCUAUGGCGAAUAUCCAUCGAAAUAUCGAGCAUUCAUCUGGCGAUGUCUUCUUCGUUUACCUGAAAAUCAUGCAGCUUAUGCUGCCCUUGUUGAAAAAGGUGGUCAUUCAUCUUUUGCUAAAUUACAAGAUCAAUAUCCACUUAAAAGUCGAAAACUAUUACGAAUUAUGCAACGUGUGUUAUCGGCAUUAUCUCACUGGUCAUCGAUCUUUGGCGAAACCGACUUUUUACCAUUAUUAGCAUUUCCAUUUAUAAAAUUAUUUGAAAAUAAUCAAUUAAUUUGUUUUGAAGUUGUUGCAACAGUUAUUUCCAACUGGUGUCAAUUAUGGUUUAUGUACUUUCCAAAUCCACCUGUGAAUAUCUUAGGAAUGGUUGAAAACCUUUUAACACAUCAUGAUCGGACUUUACUGACACAUUUCGUACGUUACAAAGUAACGUCACAGAUCUAUGCAUGGUCACUAUUGGAAACAUUCUUUUCGGAAAUCUUCAAUCGUGACGAAUGGUUGUGUUUAUUUGAUCAUAUAUUCAGUAAUCAUCCAUCAUUUAUUCUCUUUAUUGUUGUAUCGUAUUGUAUCAAUAAUCGAAGUGCACUGUUACGAGUGACUGAAUUGGAUGACUUUAAAUAUUUUUUUCAUCAUCGCAAUCCAAUACUAGUACAAACGAUUCUCACUGAAGCCUAUCGGCUUAGUGAAGUCACACCAGCAGAUAUUGAUCCAAAGCGUAUGAUCGAAGCAUUUCAACCAUUGACACGCGGACAAUAUCCUGUUUUUAAUAAAUAUCCGAAAUUCAUUGUUGAUUAUCAAAUACAAGAAAAAGAAAAAUUACGUGAAGAAGAGAUGAAUUAUAUUCGUCAACGUGAAUUAAAUGUUGAAAUGUUUCGUGAACGACAGCAGCGUCGACAUGAAGAAGAAUCAUGGCUUCGUCAACAGCAAUUAUUAAUUGAAGCCGAAGAAAAACGACGUCGAUUAUUAUUAGAAGAAGAUAAUCGCGUCAAGGAACAAAAAUCGAAACUGCAAAUGCUCAAUCAAGAAAUCAAAGUUCGUGAAAUGCAAAUGCUCGAUGUUGCACGUCGCAAAAUGCUUCAUCAACAACAUUUACUCAAAGAAGCUGAAUUACAUCGAUUGGAUGACGAAAUUCGCAAGAAAGCUGGAGAACGAAAAGAUGUUUUAGAAUCAGGAAUCAAAUCUGCCGAACUCAAAGCGCUUGAAUUGGAAACUCAAACAAAAAUCUUAGAAAACCAAAUGCUUCGUUUACAAACAACGAAACCAUCAAAUGGUGCUCCUUUCGAUUUGGACGAUUUAGCUGAUGAUCAAAGUCUACGACCUACAACACGAAAAAUUAUCGCAGAUGCUAAGCAUACACAUCAUUUUCCUAAUGAGAUAUCCAUGGAUGAUGGGAAUAUUGCAUUACGAUUUGAAAUGAAGGAUGAAGAUGCAAAGGAUGAUAUGACUGACGUUUGGAAACAACUCCGUGAAGCUAAAGCAAAAGAAUUAGAAGUAAAAAAGCAACUGAAUGAUAUGUAUCAACAAAAGAAUGCUUUAAACAGUCAAAACACCAAUCAAUUAAUGCAAGUGAUGAGUAGUAACAAACCUCCUAUCAUAGAUAUUGAAAGACCAGUAUCAUCGAAGGCAAAAAUAACCACAGCAAUCGAUGAACCGAAUACAGAAUCGUAUCAAACAUCAGAAGUUAUUGGAAUGAUGAAUCGACCAACAAAAGUGCGAUGUAUUAAUACACCAAACGGUUCAGUGGCUGGUGAUACAUCAACCUCGUCUGCGCUGAAUCUCGAUCGAGGCCGUGGUGAACUUGAAAAUGAUAUUCGUAAACUGCUGACUGACAUACGUGAACGUCGAACACGAUUAGUUCAUGAAAAUUCGCAGUCAAUUGCUUAUGUACCAACAUCAGUUGAUCCUCCUGCUGCCAUUUCUUGA